AAUGAUUUUAGAUCAACAAGUUCGACGAGGGAAUAAAAAAAGUAUGGGAGGCGUUGCUUGGACCGAAGAAGAAGAUCAGUUGCUCAAGAAAUGUAUAGAUCGGUACGGUGAAGGGAAGUGGCAUCGGGUGCCUCUUUUGGCUGGUCUAAACAGGUGUCGUAAGAGCUGUCGACUGAGAUGGUUAAACUACCUACGUCCAAACAUCAAAAGAGGAAGUUUUGCAGAAGAUGAAGUUCAGCUCAUCAUUAAGCUUCACAAGCUCUUAGGAAACAAGUGGUCACUGAUUGCUGGGAGACUACCAGGAAGAACAGCAAAUGAUGUAAAGAAUUAUUGGAAUUGCCACCUGAGCAAGAAGCUCAGUGCUCAAGAAACCGAUAAGGAAUAUCAAACAGCUCGGAACAUCAUAAUAACAGGCUCGACCAAACCAAGAUUCCAAGAUUACCAUGUUGCUCCGAAUAGCCUACCGGCGAUCCAAGAAAGCAGCAAAUCGGUACCUUUCGACUUCAUUGAAGUCAAUCAACAAGGCCACGAGCUCGUGAAAGAAGAAAUGGAGAUCAGAGAACAGGAACCAGCGGGUGGUCUAUUUGUCGGAGAUUUGGCGACGGAGGGACGUCAGUUUGAGGAGUUUGAUGAAGUUAAUGUAUUGAGUAGGACUGAUGAAGGAUGCAGCAAAUGGGAUUGGGAUGACUUGAUGUUAGACAUGGAUUUAUGGACUGAUUUAUUGUGAUUGUGAGUUCCCUAAGUGGCAACAAUCAGAGCAAUUAACUCAUAUAAUGCAGUAAUAUAUAAA